UGCACGCGCGCGCGCACGUGGAGGACGGGCUCGGUGGGAUGUGCGGUGGAUCUGUAGCGGUGUAGCGGUGGUGUGUGUGUCCGGUGUUUUUGAUGACGUGUGUGUGAUAUGAAGGGCUGCAUGAGGAAGCUCGGCUAAGAGGAAGAGGACUGCAGACGGAGACGGGUCUGCGCGCGCGCACUGUUUGACUCGGUCAUGGGCUCGAGACUGAGCCGCCAGAGCAGCCUGGACGGCGGCGGAGGCUCGCGCAAGAGAGGAGGCGGAGGGGAAGGAGUGUGGCGGCGGAAGCGCGCGGACAGCGGCGGAGAGCGCGAGCCCAGUGCACCGUUCCCGGCCGCUGUGAUGCUGCUGAGGAGCGACAGGAUGCGCACGAGCGCCCCGAGUCCGUACGUGAGACGAGUCGCGUGGAUCCGCGACAUCCAACAGCUGCUGCGCGAGAGGAAGGUGGAGGAGGCCGCGAGCGUGCUGAAACAGCUGAGGAAGGAUCUGGGAUUAGAGGGGACGUCCCUGAAUGACAUUUUAUACAAGAAUGCUGCUUUCCUGAACCUGGUGGAUCCGAUUUCACAUGAGCUGCUGCUGAGCCUCGCUCGAGACAUGCAGUGUCCCAAAAAGGACUUUGACAUGCUGAAGUCGUCAGAUAAAAUCUGCAGGCAGCUGAUCUAUCACCUCACACCGCACUCCAAGUGGCUGAGACAGAGCAUGAGCCGGAGGAAAGCCCAGGCCUGGCUGAAAACCACCCUCCAGAAGAAGCUCUGCAGUGACUCGGUGGAUCUUUCCGGAAUCCUGCUCUCCACGAGGGACAUUCGACAUGUGGCGUAUUACCUCCAGACCAGCGGGGGCGCCGUGCUCUCGGUAGAUUUGAGCUUCACCGAGCUGCGGGAUGAAGGUUUGCGUAUCCUGUUGCCUGUUUUGAGUGUUUUGCCGAAACUCACCACGCUGGCGCUAAACGGAAACCGACUGACUGUCUCCAUCAUGAAGGACCUGACCGAGGUGCUGAAGAUUCCACACAGCUUCUCCUGUCUGGCCUGGAUCGACCUCGGGAACAAUGUGGACAUCUUUACCAUGCCUCAGCCCCUUCUGGUGGCGCUGAGGCGGCGCUGCAGCCUGAAGAGCAGUUUGCCCACUAUAUACGAAUACACGGAGGGUCAGCCGUACUGCUACCGCAUGGAGAGCUCCAUCGAGGAGCAGAGCCUUUAUGAGGAAGACGAAGAAGAGGAUGAAGAUGAAGAAGAUGUGGAGGACAAGCUGGACGAGGAGCAGUGGAGCAUUGUAGAGCAGAAGAGCUCCGGAAGUUUCACCUUGAACUACUGCGAGAGGUGAAGCUAAGCUUUUGACCUUUUUAGCGUUACCCAGCACUGUGGCCAUGGAACAGGAAUGGAGAAACUGUUUGGGGAAGACGGAUGGAUAGAGUGAUGAAGGGGUGGGGAUGGAUGCUGUCUCUCUGCACUGAUUAUCGUCGCUCUCUGAGUUCCCCCCUGUUCCCCAUCGUGGCUUUAUCGUGAUCCAGCACCAUCACCACAUUCACACAGAAAGUCAAACGGCGGUGAGAAAGACGACACGCAACACGCUCGAUUAGCGUCACAGAAACACUGGCACACACUCACCGUUUUAGCCGUCAGCGCUGCAGCAGGAAGAUAGCAGGCAAGACUGAGGAGAAGACCGAGGAGAAGACUGAGGAGAAUCGAAGAUGCCGAUAUUCUUCCCCACAAACUUUCUAAAAGUAAAUGAAUUAAUUCCAAUGAAAGAUGCAGAAACAUCACGCGACAGUGGACCAGAUUAGCCGAUUAGCAUCCUCAUAGUGUUUCUGAAUAAGGACUCGAGUGCUGUAGUGAUACGUGUGUGAGUGAGUGUGUGUGUGUGUGAGUGUGUGUGUGUGUGUGUGUGUGUGUGUGUGUGUGUGUGUGUGUGUGAGCAUGGUCAGAUUUGGCUGGCACUGCCUCUGCAACACAUUGCCACUAACAUCACUAAACUCCACUGUGUUCUUUGCUAAUCUUCCAACAAAAGCCAUGAGAGCAGCUUGUGACAUGAACGCUAACGAAACUGCUACGUCAAGACUUUUUUUUUCAGCGGUAUGCGUUCGCUCGUCACUCAGCCACAGGAACAGAGAUAAAAAAAAUAUAUAUAUAAUAUUAUAAUGCUUUUUAUUAUAGCGCAGCGUGUGAACUGCUAACAGUCCUGUCUUUGUGCUUUGUGUAUUUUUGCUAACUUAAUGCUAAUACAGGAUUUUUUUUUAGAUUACACCUCAGAUUAACAUUGAUGUUCCAACGACUAAUUUGGACGUCAUAUUAAUCAUUGCUAACAACAGGACAUGGUAGCAGUAAAUCAGUUUAAGCUGCACUACACAACCGGUCGCUACUAAUACAACACUUCCUGUUUCUUACACUGGUAAUACACUAGUAAAUGAGGAAUAUUACUGUUAGCGAGUAGCAUUUCAGUCGCUAGGCUAAGAGAGAAAGGCUAGCAUGACUUGAGCUUCGGUUUUUUACUGCUUCCUGUAGCUGUUUAGUGUACAGACCUAUUUAACACUUACAGCAUCUGUGUGUGUGUGUGUGUGUGUGUGUGUGUGUGUGUGUGUGUGUACUGGUGUAAUGUGAUAACCUUGUGUGUUUGUGUGUGUGUGUGUGUACUGGUGUAAUGUGAUAACCUUGUGUGUUUG